AUGGCACAAGGUUCAAAAAUUGAAUCGCAGGUGAAAUGGUUACAAGGAACUAACGCUCUUUGUCACGAAUUAUUGAAUGAUAAGAAAUUGAUAGACGAAUUAAAAGACCAGAAAUUUGAUAUUGCUGUUAUAGACUACGCACCUGUUCUUUGUUUCACUAUUAUGGCAUAUAAACUAGAUCUGCCAUUUGUCUCUUUUGGUGCCUUCAUAGAUCCAACCUUAAAUCGAGUUCCAUUGAACCCAGCUUUCACGCCAACAUUUUUUUCCGAUUUCAAUGAUAAGAUGACAUUCUUGGAGAGAGUUUGGAAUACACUCCGAUACAUUUUUUUAGUUGCUAGACCUGCAGCUCCAACGUUGGAGAAUUUGGCAGUCAAGUAUGUCCCAGAAAAACCAGCCAUCUCUAAUCAAGAAGCAAAACAAAAAGCUAUGCUUUAUAUACAUGACAGUGACAUUCUAUUUGAUUAUCCACAACCAUUUCCUCCAAAUGUAAUACUUUGUGGCGGUCUUGCUGCACAUCCGUCAAAAAAAGUAUCAAAAAAACUUGACACAUUUGCAUCAUCAAACAAAGGCUUGGUAGUUGUUUCUUUUGGCAGUAUUUUCAAAACAUUUCCGAAUAAUACCUUCGGGAAAAUGAUUGAAGCUUUUAAACAAAUAUCUGAUCUUAACUUUGUGAUUCGACAAGGAGAUACAGAGGAGACAACAGACAAUAUUUUGAGACUUCCAUGGAUCCCGCAGAACGAUUUACUCGGUCAUCCCCGUACCGUUUUAUUUAUAACUCAUUGCGGUAGGAGUGGAAGUAUGGAGGCUAUCUACCACGGAAUCCCUGUUAUUACAUUUCCCUUAAGUAUUGACCAACCUUACAAUGCAGCUGUUAUGGAAGACAAAGGUUAUGGUAUCAAGAUGGAUUUACAUGAUUUUUCUACUGAGGAAUUAAUUGCCAAUAUUAAACAAGUAGCUUUUACCGAUAAUUAUAAGCGUAAUAUUAAGCAAGCAUCGGACAUAUUCCACAGUCGCCCACAAACUCCUGCAGAAAGGGCAGCUUAUCAUAUCGAUUUAGUUGCCAAGCAUGGUGAUAAACAUUUUCGACACUUUGGGAUAGAUAUACCAUGGUAUUCGUUUUAUCUUGUUGAUGUUAUAUGCUUUCUUUUGUUAACGAACAUAAGCUCCUCUGUCGUAAUGUAUUUAGUGUUUAGGAAAUACAGAAGACAUUUGAAAAACAGAGCUAUUAAGCUUAAAAAAGAAUAA